AUGGCCUCAUUCUUUGAUCUCAAGGCCCGCAAAGCGGCGGCGGCCACGAAUGGCGGCUCCGAGCAGAAGCAGAACAAGGGCAACGACGGCCGCAUCCAGCCCUGGGUUGAGAAGUAUCGCCCCAAGAGCCUUGACGACAUCGCGGCGCAAGAACACACCGUCACCGUCCUCCAACGAACGCUACAAGCCGCCAACCUACCUCACAUGCUCUUCUACGGCCCGCCCGGUACCGGAAAAACGUCGACCAUUCUCGCCCUCGCCAAGCAGCUCUACGGCCCCGAAAUGAUGAAGUCGCGUGUCCUCGAGCUCAACGCCUCCGACGAGCGCGGCAUCUCGAUUGUCCGCGACAAGGUCAAAAACUUUGCCCGCAUGCAGCUCACAAACCCGCCCGCCGGCUAUCGCGACAAGUACCCCUGCCCGCCCUUCAAGAUCAUCAUCCUCGACGAGGCCGACUCCAUGACGCAAGAUGCCCAGAGCGCCCUGCGCCGCACCAUGGAAAUCUACAGCAAGAUUACCCGCUUCUGCCUCAUCUGCAACUACGUCACCCGUAUCAUCGACCCGCUCGCCAGUCGCUGCAGCAAGUUCCGCUUCAAGAGCCUCGACCAGGGAAGUGCCAAGAAGCGCCUCGAGGAGAUUGCCACCGCGGAGUCGGUGCCCGUCGACGACGGAGCAAUCGACGCCUUAAUUCGCUGUAGCGAAGGCGAUCUGCGCAAAGCCGUCACGUUUCUGCAGAGUGCGGCUCGUCUAGUGGGCGCUGGCGCGCAGCCCAAGGACAGCGAUGGCGACGAUGACAUGGAGGUGGAUAAGAAAGCGAUUACGGUCAAGAUCAUCGAGGACAUCGCUGGCGUGAUCCCCAGCAAGACAAUAGAUGAGCUCGUUGCUGCUUUGCGCCCGCGUGGCUCGAAUGGCUCGUAUGCAGGCGUCUCCAAGGUGGUAGAAGACAUGGUAGCCGAUGGCUGGAGUGCCGGGCAAGUUGUGUCCCAGCUGUACCAAGUCGUCACAUUUGACGAAACGAUUCCUGAUGUACAAAAGAACAAGAUUGUCAUGGUCUUUUCCGAAGUCGACAAGCGGUUGCUGGACGGUGCUGACGAGCACUUGUCCAUCCUCGACUUGUCCAUGAGAAUAUCUGCAAUCCUGGCUGAAAAGUAA